UAUUAGCUUUCAAUUAUUUUUAUAUAUUUUUCCUUUCUUUUUUUCUCUACUGCUCAUGAAGGUGCUUAAUAUUUGACAUUUCAAGCUGGUUGUUUUCCUCAUUAUUUUAAUGUACUGUCACAAACACAUCGGUUUGUCUCACAGUUUACAGUUUAAUACACUUGAGGCGUAAGUCUCGCACAUUCAAAGAAAAGAGUUUACUUACAAAAUAAAGUGGAUUACAUGCUUCAGAGAAUUCAUAAAAACCCUAUUUAAGCAAAUACUGUAUGUUGUUAACAAAAAACUAUGCGAAAAACUUAAUAUAUGAAAAUUUUCUCAAUAAAUUUCUAUAUAAAAAUCAACCAUAUUUCGUUUAUGGUGAACUUGUCAAAGAAUCAAAUUAUAAAUACAUUUACAGUGCAUUGUAUUUGUAAUUUUUCUGCCAUUUGGCUAUUAAAGUGACUGAUCAACCAAACUCGUUUCGCUAUCAUUUCACUUGGUUUAUCAGCUACAAAUCAGAAAUGUUUCAAAGAGUCUGUGUGCUGUUGACUCGAUAAUGUCUUGUAUUGAUUCUUUUCAAUAUGAUGAAAAUACUUUAGAAUAGUUAUUUUGUCUCAAUGUAUUAAACCUAAUUUGUUCAUUAUUUGUUAUCAUAUUUAUAUUCUACUUUAAUAGUUGUGCACAUGCAUUUUGAUGGAUCUACAGUCAUGUUCCUCAGAAAACUAGUUCAAUUUGGUUCCAUCUCAAUAAUCUUCACCUGGGGGGUAUUCCAGAAAGCUUGGUUAACUUACCAUUUGAUAAACUAUAACCUCUGGGUUGAUUUACCCCAAACAGGCAUACCAUGAGUAUGUCGGUUCCAAAACACCUGAGGAGAGUUAGUUUAAUCAACCUCUGACUGGUUACCCAGAGUUAAUGCGCGUGCACGGUGCAUGUAUAAAGACAUUUUCAAUGGAUCGCCGAUUUCACGAGUCACCAUGGAAACUCAAAGCGAAAAAAAGAGAGCGGCGUAUUUCACAGAGGCGGUGUUGGAAGUUUUAAUGCAUGCUUAUGAGGAGUUUAAGCCAAUAAUAUUAAAAAGAAGCAAUACAGCUGCAUCGGCUAAAGCAAGAGAGUUGGCUUGGCAAAAAAUAACGGACAGAGUAAAUGCGUGUAAUCCUUCUGGAGCCACAAGAACUUUAAGCCAAGUCAAAAUGAAACACAAAAACAUUCUGCAAAAAGCUAACAGAAAGAAGACUGAAGCCCGUCUAACUGGCGGGGGGCCACCACCACCUCCCCUCACCCCAUCUGAGGAGCUGGCUCUGUCCCUUAAUAAAGGGCGACCAGUGGUUGCUGGCAUUCCAGGGGACAGUUCAUCACACAUACUAUGCACCACAAGUGAUGGUGAAAAAAGGGUGACAUAUACUGAUGGACAGAGUGUAUUAUUGGACUCUCCAGAAAGAACACAGUCUUUCACAGUUAAUGAAGAUGAUGACGAUGAAGAGACCACAUCUGCUGUGACAGAAGUGGACAAUGCUGGUAGAUCCACUGAGUACAUACCUAGGGAUUUGCCCACAGAUGAGGGUCCUUCAGCCUCAGCACACAAUCUAAGCAGGUUGCCAGCAAAGGAGCUGUAUAAGGUCCAUCUUCAAAAACAAAUAAGAAAAAGCGACAUGGACCUUAUACAGCUUCAAAUGGAAGAGAAAAGGCUCCUCAUUAAAAAAGCAGCACUUGAAAUAGAAUUACUUGAGAAUCGCCUUAAGGAAAUGAAGAAAUAAACUGCCUGGCAGACCAGUGCAAAAAAAACUAAUAAAAGUAAUUUUGACAAAUCCUGUCUCUCAAAAGUCUUCCAUCUCUGUUUGCCUCUAAAAUCUGUUGGUGUUCCUCUGGGCCAUCUUCCUCAAUACAAGGAGGGUGGCUCUCUCCUCUUAUAGUGGCAAUAUUGUGAAGCACAACACAAGCCACAAUAAUGUUGCAUGCCCUCUCUGGACUAACCCGGAGCCCAUGCAGACACUGAAACCGAGAUUUGAGGAUCCCUAUAGUCAUCUCCACCUUGGCCUGUGUUCGGCUGUGAGCCAGGUUAAACCGUGUCUGUGGUCCAGGCUCAGGUUCAGGGUAGGGUGUCAUUAAAUAGGGCAGACUGAUGACUCGCGGAAAAUUCUGGCAUCAUGCACAGACCCUGGCCAUUUUGCCUCGACAUUGGUGAUGAUUUGGGUUGCCUCAAAUAUUACCUAUAGUUAGUGGAAAAAGUAAUGACUUUGAUUUUAAGAAGGGGAAAAAAUUAAGUGGUUACAUUGAUACUAUGAAUAGAUUUCCUAUUAACAUAGUCUCCCUCAUUUAUUGAUGGAGCUUUAAUAGGAAUGUGAGUGCCAUCAAUGCACCCAAUUACAUUUGGAAACCCUGAAACAGAAAGUUAUGGAAGUAUGAAGUGUGUGCAUAAUGAAUACAUGUAUAGAUAUUUAUAAUAUGACUAAAUAUUAAAUAUGCGUAAUAUAUUUUACUACAAAGGACAAAUCUGCCACUCUGUGGAAUUCGUCUUUAAUAACAAGCAAAGGUUUAUUGCCAGGGAACUGUACAAACGUGGGUAACAACUGUUUAAGUGCCAGACACACUGUACGAACAGCUCUACACACAGUUGCCUUUCCCACAUGCUCUGAAUUGCCCACACUGUACAAAAAAUGGCCAGACGCAAAAAACCUAAGUGCUAUGCACAGAAUGUUUUCUGUGCUAAGCGCAGAGCCGCGGUUUGUCACAUUUGCGAUAUGCGGUUUUAAAAGACGUGUUAAAUAAACUAAUGAAUCUUUUGAAAAACGAUAACGCUCUUUUAAAUAUUCAUUAGGGUAUGCAAACACAUCAAUACGCGGUCUUAUAACCCUCUCCCGAUGAA